UUCGCCUGACUGUGAGUCUCUCUUUGAGCUUCAGCCACUGAAACACACAUCUUGCGUUUGUGUAGCAGACCGUCAUCGUCGCCAUCAUGGUUGAGCAGUUUGUUGGAAAAUGGACUCUGACUUCCAGCGAGAACUUUGAUGACUACAUGAAGGCAAUCGGUGUGAGCUUUGCCACCCGCCAAAUGGGCAAUAUGGCAAAACCUGACCUGUUGAUCAGCGUGGAUGAUGGAGUUAUUUCAAUGAAGUCUGAGAGUACUUUCAAGACCACAGAAAUCAAGUUCAAACUUAACGAAGAAUUCGAAGAGACUACUGCAGAUGGACGGAAGACCAAGACUAUCGUCACUCUGGAUAAUGGCAAACUUGUGCAGCUACAGUCGUGGGAUGGAAAGAAAACCACACUAGAACGAGAGAUUCAGGGUGGUAAACUAACAGCUAAAUGUGUCAUGGAUGACGUUGUUGCAGUGAGGACCUAUGAGAAAGCAGCUUAAUUCCUUUAACAUCAAUGUUGUUCAGCCUGGACCUCCAUGUUCCAUUAUCAAAACACCAAAUGCACUGAGCUAUUGCCAAACAUGCCAAUAAAGUCUGAACUGUGAUACUUCA